AUGGCAAGUUUAGUUAAAGAUAAAAGUAAUCAUUUGUUAAUCAGUGAAGAAAAUAAUGAAAAACAACCUAAUAUUGAAUUCGUAACUAUUAAAACUGAACCAUUCGAAGACGAUAUUCAUGAAAUGAAAGAUGACGGAGUUAAAAAUGAAGAAGACAACGUUGAAGAUAUACUAGACAAUGUGAGUGUGAAAUAUGAACAAAAUUAUGAAAACAACCAACAUUUUGACACAGUGAAAUGUGAAAAUAUUAAACUUGAAAAACAAUUAAAUACAGACUUAAUCAUCAAAGAUGAAAUAUUAGAAGAAAGUGAUUCAGAUUCAGAACCACAACAAAUUCCAGAUGAAGAUAAACAAGGUGCUUUAGCUCAACAUGAACGGAUUCAUAGUGGGGAGAAACCAUUUUCUUGUGAUAUUUGCAAUAAAACAUUUAGUCGACACAGUAUUUUAGUUUCACAUAAACGGGUACAUACUGGAGAAAAACCGUUUUCAUGUGAUAUUUGUGAUCAAAGUUUUGGUCAACGACCAAAUUUACUUAAACAUAAACAAGUACAUCAUAGUAAAGAAAAAGUUUUCCCGUGCAACGUUUGUAGCAUGAUACUUAAUUCACAAAGUAGUUUACUGAAACAUAAAACGAUUCACACUGGAGAACAAUCAGUUUCAUGUGAUAUUUGUAAAAAAACAUUUAAUACUAGAAGUAAUUUAGUUCAACAUAAAAAACUGAUUCAUACCGAAGAAAAAGCAUAA